CAAUUUAUCCAUUAUCCGCUCGCGCAGCUAAGUUUCAAACCAAUUUAGUCGUCACACAACUUUCAGUUUGGUAGCCUGAUAAUCAGCUGUUUGUUUGUUAUUUCUUUAACAUAAAUAUAUUAAAUGCGCUGCGCUGUAAAAAAUUGCGGAAAUAAUAAUCGUAUUGCCAAUAGAACGAAAUGGAGAUACUUUCACUUCCCCAAAGAAAAGCCAAACCUCCAAAGGUGGAUAGAUUUUUGCCAGCGAGAUAAUAUAAACCCCACAACUGCCUGUAUUUGCAAUGAGCACUUUGCACCCAAUGACUUUGAGCGAAAUAUGCAAUACGAAUUGGGCUUUAGCCGCAAAAAUCCAACAAAACUAAAGCCCGGCUCAUUUCCGAGUGUGAAUGGACCCCAAAAGUUGGCGAAGGAACUGCGAGGAAGUAUCAAAAGGGGCUCCAAAAGUGUUCCCUUAGCUGGGUCUACGAAAAUGUCCAAUAUAGGCUUUGAUCCACACCAUGCAGGAACGCAAUCCUCGGAAGGCCACGAAACCAUAGAAAUCCAACUCUGUGGUUUUAAUACAGAUAUUGAGGGCUUCGAAGAAGCCGAAGAUGACGACUGUCCUUCAGGUCCCCGGCUCGUGGAAGUAGAAAUAUUGGAUCCUCUUAACCCGCAGUCAAAUGCCAAGGAUCAUGUGGAGAUAAUCGAUUCGGAAGGCGACAGUUAUGUGAAGCACUUGGAGCUCGAAAUAUGCUCCUUAAAGCGUGAGGUAUUUUUCCUCAAAGACGAAUACCAGAAGAUAAAGGCUGAAAUGCGUAAUCUCAAGGACACAAUAAAAAGAUCAGAGGAAGAACUCGCAGAAAAACAACUCCAAGGUGUUGUUAAAAGCAGAAAAGUUGGUUUGAGGUUUUGGUUUGUUCCUUGAGUAACGUUUUUAUUGUUUUAGAGGAAAUCUCAGUUUUGAAAAAGACCAGAUAUCUACGUAAACAUAAACGACUGACCAGUUAUUAAAAGCUGACAUCAAGCGUAAUAAUAUAUUAUCAAAUCAGUAUCUGAAUCCAACAGAAUUAAAAAUUAUGAAUUAUG